UGGUUUACAUUGAAAAGCGAUUAUUUGUGCAAAUAGUGUGAGGUGUUACAAGUUUGCUGCUGUGAACACUCCUCUCUUUCUCCUCGUGUUCUUUAUCCGAACCAGUAAACAAGAUAACAUACAAAAUGGCUGCUGACUUAACAGAGGAGGAAAUUGCAGAAUACAAGGAAGCGUUCUCGCUGUUCGACAAGGAUGGUGAUGGCACGGUCACGACAGCGGAAUUGGGGACAGUCAUGAGGAACCUGGGGCAGAACCCUACAGAUGAGGAGAUUCGAGAAAUGAUCAAAGAGGUGGACGAAGAUGGCAGCGGCUCUAUCGGUUUUGAGGAGUUCUUACAACUCAUGUCCAAAAAGACAAAAGGGAAGUCGUAUGAGGACGAGCUCAUGGCCGCAUUCCAGAUCUUCGACAAGGACGGUAAUGGCAGCAUCACAGUCACGGAAUUAAAGGAGGUGCUGGACAGCCUGGGCGAGAAGCUAUCGGAGGAUGAGGUCGGCGAGAUGAUCAAGGAGGCCGACAGUGACGGCGACGGAACCGUCAACAUCGAAGAAUUCAUCAAGAUGAUGGUUGCAAUAACAGGAGGGAAGUAGACUAGCUGUCUCGACCUCCAACCUGUCUAUAUGUAUAAGCCUUGAGGCUCAUUAUUACCUUUGGAAGAUCGUAAAGUCCAGGAAGUGUUAAAGGACGCACCUUGAUAUAUAACGCGCUGUUAGUCAGCACACGAAAGCAUUCACACAGGUUCUCUGUAGCAUUGGAAUGAGCGACUUAAGACACUUAUCAUUCUUACAUGGCACUAGAGAUGUCAGAUGUUGACGAAAAUAUGCUUGUAGAUGUUAACUUCAAUGCACAGUUUUUCCAUCUGAAGGGAGUUUAUAUAAUAUUUGUAAUUGCUUAUAUUACCGAUAAAAAGCUGAAUAGGUGUCAAAAUAAAUUCUGAUAUACGGGUA